UUUUUUUUUUUUUAAGAAUGAAGAAGGCCUGAGUAUAUCUGUAGGCAAAAGGGAAAGAGGCAAUAAGUAGGGAGGAAUUAAUUAUGAGAAUGAGAGGGGGAACAAUUGGAGUUAUCCUCUCAGAUGGAUGGGAUAAAUGAGGCAAAUAGAACACUUAGCCCAGCAAGUAGAAGAGUCACUUCAUCCUGAUAAGAGCAAAGGAUAUGUGAAGUUAUAGAAGGUUUUGAAGUAUUGACUGGGAAGGAAUUUUUUUUUUGGACAAAGUAAGUUCAUCUGCUCAGCAAGUAGUAGGGGUAAUGUUGAAAAAGGAUAAGCUUUGGAGUAUCAACUGCAAUGAGUGUAAUAAUCCACAAAUGAUAAAAGGAUUGCCAUUCAGCAGUGAGGUCUCAGUUUGAGAUUAUAUAACAUGAAUUUGUGGUGGACUCAACAUGGUUUUGUUUUGUGACUUCCCCUAACAGUAUUCACCAGAGGAAUUUACUAAAGGACUUCAUUAUAAGCAAUAGACUAGUAUAUAGCUUCUGACAGCGAAGUUCCCUAGUGCUGACGUGAGAAAUGAGCCGCUUUUUGAAUGUGCUGCGCAGCUGGCUGGUUAUAGUAUCCAUUAUAGCUAUGGGAAACACAUUGCAGAGCUUCCGAGACCACACCUUCCUCUAUGAAAAGCUGUACACUGGCAAGCCAGACCUUGUGAACGGCCUCCAAGCCCGGACCUUUGGGAUCUGGACUCUGCUAUCAUCAGUGAUUCGCUGCUUUUGUGCCAUCGAUAUCCACAACAAGACCCUCUACCACAUCACACUCUGGACCUUCUUCCUUGCUUUGGGGCACUUUCUUACUGAGGUGUUUGUAUUUGAGACAGCUGCUCCAACGGUUGGAGUCCUGGCCCCACUGAUGGUGGCAAGUUUCUCUGUCUUUGGGAUGCUGCUUGGGCUGCAGUACUUGGAGGUUGAGCGAGUGUCCCGACAUAAGAAGAGAAAAUGAAACCCUGAAUACAUCUACUGUUUGCCAGCAUCACUUACCCAUGGCUGAGCCUUCUUCUACUAUGUUCUCUCCCCACUUAUCCUGGUGUCUUUCCUCUCCUUACCCAUCAGCUCCCUUUCCCACCCCAUUCUCUUAGUGUUUUGAAUUGCAACCACAACUAGGUUUCCCUGACUUCUACCUUCAUUUUUGGUUUCAUCAGUUGGUUUUACUUGUGUGGAGGGAAGAUGAGAUCUGGAAAUUCUAAAGUUGUCAUCCUAUUACAGAACAUCUCUAAUAGAACUUUGGUACUAGGAACUUGACUGAUUAGAAUGGGGUCUCUUCUCCCAUUGGGACCAGGACUCUUCAAAAUUACUAAGAUAAGAAAAUGGUCCUGUGAACCAGCAAACCUAUAGAAAGCUAUAUGUUACUUCUGAAUUUGGAGAGAAAAGUUCUAUGUCUUAUUGUAGAAUUUAUGAAAAUUGGUGUCUAUGUAGAUUGUUUUGUAAUAAAUGGUAAACAAACAUGUGCUUUUUUGGGUCUUUUUGCUCUAAUUUCAUCUAACAAAGUAAUAAUUUCCCUGCCUCACCUGUGCCCUAAGGCAAGGGAAGAACAUGUAGCCAUUUAUUCCCCUUCCUCAUUAUUAAAAUGACAGAUCUCUGUAUUUUUAAGAGAUCUAUAUUUUUAAGGAGCAAGGUCCACCUAUUCUAGGAAUCCUAGAAUUGUCUCUAAUAGCACUGAGCUUUUAAUGUGUUUGCCAUUCAUGACCCAUGCACUUAGGAAAAUCCUUCCCCUAGGUCUGGAGUUCAUAGUUACACUGAUUACCAGGGUCCUAUAUAGUUUCCUUCUUGCUUCAUAACCUUGAAUAGAUGAAUAGCUGGAAAAGCAGAGGGGGGAGGUAUACUUAGGCCUUAUAAAAGUAAAGAGGAAUCAGAAGCUACAGGAUAAAACUUGUAAACCACAAAACAGCAAACAUAUGAAGCAGCAUGAAAUAGUAAAUACAAAGCUAGAACACCUGAGUUGAAAUUACAACUCUGAUAUUACCUGUAUUGUCAUGGAACUAAUCAAAUUGAGUAAAAAUGAAUGUGACCAGGGUUACUGAAAAAGAAAUUAAGGAGAAUAAGAGGAAAGAGACUGCUAAAAGGGAAGGAUAGCCAAAGGGGUAAGUGGAUAGGACCAGGAGACAACAGUAGAGUGACUAUCAAACUAGAAUAGCAAAGAAAGGCAAAAUGAGGAAAGAAAAAAAAAA